UGAGCCACUCACUCGGGGGACUGGUCCGACAGCAUUCUGCCUCACAGGAUAAAACCUGGGGUGGCCUGCAGGGAACCCAAGCUCUCCUGUCGGCAGUGGCCAUGGUGGUUCCCGAGACUCUCCCUGCCCUGGGGAGGCACUACCUCAGAAUUGUAACCUCCCUGCUGCUUCUGGCUGCUCCAGUCACCCUAGCUGCUGCCAAGACAACUGGCCCCCCAGCCUGUGGAAAGCCCCAACACCUGAACCGAAUCGUGGGUGGUGAGGACAGCACCGAUGCUGAGUGGCCCUGGCUUGUGAGCAUCCGGAAGAAUGGCACCCACUACUGUGCAGGCUCCCUGCUCACCAACCAUUGGGUGCUCACGGCCGCCCACUGCUUCAAGGGCCAUCUGAACAAACCAGCCCUGUUCUCUGUGCUGCUGGGGGCCUGGCAGCUGGGGAACCCCGGCCCGAGGUCCCAGGAGGUGGGUAUUGCCUGGGUGCAGUCCCACCCUGUGUACUCCUGGAAGGAAGGCGCCCGUGCUGACAUCGCCUUGGUGCGCCUGGAGCACGCCAUCCAGUUCUCUGAACGCAUCCUGCCCAUCUGCCUGCCUGAUUCCUCCAUCCAUCUCCUUCCGGACACCAACUGCUGGAUUGCUGGCUGGGGGAGUAUUCACGAUGGAGUGCCCCUGCCCCACCCUCAGACCCUCCAGAAGGUAAAGGUUCCCAUCAUCGACUCAGCAGUCUGCAGCCGCCUGUACUGGCAGGGAGCCGGGCAGGGCGCCAUUACGGAGGACAUGCUAUGCGCCGGCUACCUGGAGGGGGAGCGGGACGCCUGUCUGGGCGACUCCGGAGGCCCUCUGAUGUGCCAGGUCGAGCGCACCUGGCUGCUGGCGGGCGUCAUCAGCUGGGGCGAGGGCUGUGCGGAGCGCAACCGGCCCGGCGUCUACAUCAGCCUGGCCGCCCACCGCUCCUGGGGAGACCAAAUGGAGAGGAGACAGGAGGCCCAGCAACCUGGGAGGCUCAGCUCUCCCACAUGAAAGUCUUCCCUCCCCCCCAUACCCCUCCACCAGCGCCUCAUUCGCUGCCCUUCUUCCUGCCUCCAUUUCCCCCUCUGCCCUCCAGGCUCUUCCUCUGUUCCUCACUCCCCGACGUCCUGUCCCUGUCCCCUCACUCCUUCUCUGUCUCCGUCUCUGGCCACUGGCCUCUGUGGCUCAGUGUCCUCCACACCCUGUCUCUCACCGCCCUCUGCCUCUGCCUCCAAUGGCAUCCUGACAGAAGCCCCUGAGAAGGCCACACCUAGAAACAUCUGCUGGGGGGACUUCCCUGGUGGCGCAGUGGUUAAGAAUCCGCCUGCCGAUGCAGCAGACACAGGUUCGAGCCCUGGUCCAGGAAGAUCCCACAUGCUGUGGAGCAGCUAAGCCCGUGUGCCACAACUACUGAGCCUGUGCUCUAGAGCCCGUGAGCCACAACUACUGAGCCCACAUGCCACAACUACUGAAGCCUGUGCACUUAGAGCCCAUGCUCUGCAACAAGAGAAGCCAUCACUAUGAGAAGCCCACGCACUGCAACAAAGAAUAGCCCCUGCUCUCCGCAACUAGAGAAAGCCCACAUGCAGCAACAAAGACCCAACGCAGCCAAAAAAAUAAAAAUAAAUAAAUAAAAAAAAUUAAAGAAAACAAAAGAAACAUCUGCUGGGGCUGAGAAGUCACCCCGUAAAUGUGGGACCCUCAGGUGAGAGUGGGUUUUCUCUGAGCUGGCCAUCACCCUCCAGGGAGCCCCAGAGCCAGAGGCACCUCCCCACAGCCCCAAGAAGCCUGACAGAUGGGCUGGGCUAUGGGGUGGGGAGGCCACCCCGGCUCCAAAGUGUGACAAGAUUUCCAGUGACUCCCUCCCCAGUCGGGUGGGGGGUCCAGGAGGUGGAAAUGUGGUCAUUCCAGCCCUGGUGGGGUCCACACCAGCAUCGCAGAGAGCCUGUUUUUCCCUUGGUUGGAACCAGGCCAGGAGCAAGCCCAAAAUGGGCG